UGUGCGGUAAACAAGGAAAUUCGAUGACACCAGCAGUAAGUCAUUCGACUGAUUAUUUUGUGUCAGCGAAAAUCGGAGGCGGCGAGGAACUUAAUGUCAGUACUGUCAUGAAUAUCUUGUAGACGACGUCACUGAGGCAUCAUGGGAGUUCAAGGUUUAUGGCAGCUCCUCCAGGCAGCAGGGAAGCCGGUGUCGCUCGAGUCCCUGGAGGGGAAGAUAUUGGCAGUCGAUGUGAGUAUUUGGCUGCACCAGGCAGCGAAGGGGAUGCGAGACAAGGAUGGCAACCCACUGCCCAACGCCCACCUCCAGAGUUUGUUCAGCCGUGUGUGUAAACUCCUCUUCUACAAGAUCAAGCCAGUGUUUGUGUUUGACGGUGGCGUUCCCAUACUCAAGAAACAGACACUGGCUGCGAGACGAGAGAGGAGGGCGGAGGCUGAACAGGAAGGGGACAAGGCUACCAAGAAACUGCUGCACAACCUCAUCCGCAGUGAAGCCAUCAAGCAUGCCCUUGGACAGCCAACAGAGGGCAGCACCAACUCAGGGCUAGCUGCUGUCAGGUCUUCAGGGAGGGGAAGGGACCUGUUUGAGUUACCUCCCUUGCCAGAGAUGGACAGGGAGACAACAGGUGGCUUAAACUAUGAUGAUGGUGAUGAUGUUGAUCCAUGGGAGGAGAGACAAUUGCACCAGAGGAUAGUGGAGGAGGAGUUCCAGUCUCUGGACAGCAUUGACGUAGAGUCGGAUGACUUCCGCUCCCUGCCGUCGGAGAUCAAGCACGAGAUUCUCACCGAGAUGAAGGAGAUGAGGAAGAGACGACGGCUCGGCAAGAGAGUGCCUCUGCCUGAGAAUUCUGAUGACUUUUCUUCCUACCAAAUGAAGAAGCUUGUUAACCAGAGCCGACUGACCAACCAUAUUGAAUCCGUCCGUAGAGAGAUGAACGCCCAAACCAGUGCUGACUUUUCUCAGGCUGUUGGAAGCGAAUACCUGGCGGGAGAGUUUGAGUCUCGUCGUGUGGUGUCAGAAGAUGCCUCUCAUUAUAUACUAAUCAAAGGCCUCAGCAAACAACGGCAAGUAGAACAGGCAUCCCGAUGUGAGGAUGUCGUCACCAACGUUGAUGCUGAUGCUGUGGCGAAUGUUGUGACGGAGGAGGAGAAAAAGAUGCUGGAAGAGCCCGAUGAGUUGUUGAUCGAUAGUGACAAGGAGAAAAAUUAUAAUUCCAAGGCAGCUGAAAAUUCUCGGGAAAAUGACUGUUGCAUUAAUAUUGGUCCAGAUAUUUUUGAAAAUGAUAAAGGUGCUGGUUCAAAAGAUGUGGUAAGUGUGGGAAGUUCUUCUGAAAGUGAUGAUGUAAAAAUAACUAAAGUGGAGAAAGAUGUGACAGACGACUCAAAACGUGACUCGGUUGCUGGGUCGGAAGUUGUGAUUAUUGAGGAUGGGAGUGGGGAACCAGGUCAUGUCGACAAGGGUCACAGUAUGAAGAGGAAGGUCGAAACGGAGGAAGGUGAAGUUGAGAAAACCAAGAUGUCUAAGUUGGCUGCUGAUGUGAAGGUUACAGAUGUCAGUGCAAGGAGUGAACCCGAGGAUAAGCCACAGACCCAGCAGGAAUCUGACUCUGAUGAUGAUGAAGGGUUUAUUGAGAUAACCAUAGACCCAGCUGCAGCAGCAGACGACGACUUGUUCCCGUCUGAUAUGUUCCACACAACUACUCCCACAUCUAACACAGAACCUGCUGCGUCACAUGUCCUGGACACAGUCACAGAAAGUACUGGCAGCACAGACAAAAUACCUGUCACUGUGUCAACUGAAAACAUUCCCAACAAGAAGACACCGGAACAGUUAGAUGCUGACAAGGUCGCUACUGAGGAUGUGAAGUCACAAGUUUACCAUGAGUUCAAUAUUGGGGACUACCAGCUGGACGUGAGUGAAACUGAGGCUGAGGUGGCACCCCUAGUGACGAGGAAGCCAGCACUGUCACACACGGACCAUCUGAAGAGUUCAAGGGAAUCUGCAGUUGACUUGGAGGAUAUGCAGGAUGAGCUGGAGAAUGAGAGUGAGACCCUACGAGCUGAACGGGGACGUCAGGAGCGGCUGGCAACUUCAAUCUCAGACCAGAUGAAUGUGGAGGCACAGGAACUGCUUGAGCUGUUUGGGAUCCCCUACGUUGUAAGUCCGAUGGAGGCAGAAGCCCAGUGUGCCAAGCUGGACAUGCUGGGGCUGACACACGGAACCAUCACCGACGACAGUGACGUCUGGCUGUUCGGGGGCAGCAGGGUCUACAAACACUUCUUCAAUCAGAAGAAGUCUGUUGAGUUCUACAACUUUUCUGGCAUCCAGGCUAAAUUUGGUCUAGACAGGGAGCAGCUGAUCUUGCUGGCCUACCUGUGUGGGAGUGACUACACUGAGGGCUUCCAGGGGGUGGGGCCAGUCACUGCUCUGGAGAUCCUAGGGGAGUUCCCUGGCCACAACAUCGACGGCCUUCUGGCACUCAAGGCAUGGUGGGAUGAGUCUCGACAACAGGACAAGAAGCCGAUGACAACUAAAGUCAGGACCAAGAUCCGGGAGAUGGAGUUUAACGAGGGUUUCCCCAAUCCUGCUGUCAUGGAGGCAUAUCUCAACCCAACAGUAGACGAGUCUGCCGAGACGUUCUCCUGGGGGUCACCUGACCUUGACCUUCUGAGAGAUUAUGCCAGGGAGAGGUUGGGAUGGAACAAGGACAAGGCAGAUGACCUCGUGUUGCCUGUCCUCAAACAGCUCAACAAGAAGGAGACACAGGCGAAAAUCAACAGCUUCUUUCAACCAGAAUACUUCAUGGAAUCCAAGCAGACGGUCAGUAAGCGUGUAAAACAGGCCCUAAAGAAAGUUAGAGGGGCAUAUCACAAUGAAACACCCCAAAUUACCACAAAUGAAGACAGAAUUCAAAGAGCAAAAGAAAUUUUAGGAAUGCCAAAAGGUAGAGGGAAAGGUCGAGGCAGAGGUAGAGGUCGAGGCAAGGUCAGAGGUCAAAGGCCAGAGAUCAAGGUUAAGAAUGAAGUUGCUUUGUCAGAGAGUAGUUCCAGUGAUGAAGGAGGUUUUUUCCACGAAGAGCCAGAGGAAGUUGAGGAAAAACCAAGGAAAGGAGGAGAUGGAGUGAAGAGAGGAAAAGGCAAAGGAAGAGGAAAAAACAGGAAGCUGGAUGGAGACUUUGAUAGUGUCGGACAUAUUGGAAAAGUGCCCUUGAGAGACCAGUCAGUUCCUACUGCUAAGAAAUGAACUUUCUGUUGGACCAGACUAACAAAUGGACCAGACAAUGUAAUGAGAACUAUUUGAUUGAAAUUUAUGUUGAGGCAGCAAUGAAAUACCCAUAAAUGUCAAGCUAUGCAGCAACCGUCCAGGGAGGACUCUUAUGAAUUGGGUCUUCUUUAGUACUGGUCCAUAUAUUGUCCCACAGAUUUCAUUGUAAUGUUAAGUGUAAUACUUUAGGGGCAAACCUGAAGCCCAAUAGUUUGUGAUUAUACUUGUGGCUCAGUAAACUCCAGUUACCGUGGUUACUUAUAGUGGAAGAAUGUGUGGAAAUUAUCAUUGACAUUCGAUGAUCGGCAGCACUGAACCAAGGGAACAAUCUUUACUCACUCACCUUCAUCAAGUCAUAACCUAUAUGUCCUCGUCCUUAUUCACUCUCCAAAAUUCAUUCUAUUUAUGGCAAUGUUAAAAUGAAGAGACAGAUGUAUAUAUUUCAUGAGCUCAUUGUUAUGUUUACUUGUUUACUCAAGUUAGUAUUUACAUGACACAAUUUAUAUAAUCUUGAUCCUGCCAAUUUGCUCAGGGAUUAUUCUUGAAUUGUACAUACAUGUUUAAUGUCAUGGUUCAUUAGGAUAUUUUUAUAGCAGUCCUCAGAACAAUCUCAUUAAAUUCAAUCUUUUACUCUGA